GACCGUGUUGUGCUUCAGUGUGUGCCCGGUCUCUGUGGCAACCAGUCGCGGGCGCAGCGUUGUUAGCAGCCAAGUGCUUCGCUCUAGGGACGGACAGAAUCGCGGCCACAACCCGUUCGUUCAACCCUCGAACUCAACAGACAGAAGAAUGCGGUUCUUCGGGAGGCGUCACUCGGAAGCCUCGCUGUCCAGUUCGGACAAGGAGCAGGAUAACUGGCAAAUGGUGAAGGCGGUGCCCGCGUUCGUCCUUGAAGACCCGUCUCCUCAGAAAAAAGGUACGAUGCUGAGCACGUGGGGACGUCGCGUGGGCCGCAAGCUGGAGCUGCUUCGGCGGCCAGAAACCCCUUCAGGCCGGUCAGCGAACGGCGCGCCACCCACCCAGCUCAUGCGCAGCUGCUCGACCUCGCAGUUGAGCUACGUGAGGGGUGAAGACCCCGCCGAGGACCUCUUCCAGCCGCCGCCGCUGACCACGCCGUCGAAAACCCUGAGCUGCGACAACCUGUCGCAGAUCGGCCGCCGCUUCCCCUACGCCUUCUUGCGCUCUUCCAAGCUCGCAGCUCUUCCUGAGGAGCCUGGAAUGAGACAGUUUCCUAGGUGCCGGCCCCAUUCCAUCACUUCCUUUGAGGUGCCAUCCACCGAGUCUGGCUACGACAGCGACAGACCGAGCAGCGAGGAGAGCAACUCGAACUCUGGCGGCCGGAGCCGCGCUUCCUUGUGCGAGCCGCGCGUCAUCGAGCGCUGCGCUCCACGCUUCGGCAGCUACAGGGUGCCGUGCCGCCCGCCAAACGGACCCGAGUUGAAGAUGAUCAGGUUGCAGCGUGCGUCAGGGAUGCGGCCGCUCGGCAUCCACGCGGCGCCGCGGCGGCUGCUGCAGGUCUCGUCCGAGGUCGCAGUCGGCGACGGCUUCUUCGUGAAAGCGCUGGACUAUGGCAGCGUGGCCAAGAAUGACGGACGACUCAUGAUUGGAGACGAAAUCGUCAGCGUCAACGGCGCCGUUUUGCGCGGUCUGCCCGUUACCGAUGUGCAGCGCAUUCUCGCCGAUACUAGCUCUACCAAGGUUGAGCUGGUGAUCUCAAGGACCUCCUCCUACACCCCGACUGCUUCCUCCGCGUCCACCCCCGUGACGACGCACCGUCCAACCCUGACCACAGCGACGAGCAUGACCUCAAUCCACAGCCAAUUUACCACCUCGCUGCUGGACGUCAAGUUCCAGAAAGGCCAGGGACACAAGAGCCUAGGCUUCAGCAUCGUCGGGGGCAGGGACUCGCCCAAGGGUGACAUCGGGGUGUUCGUGAAGAGUGUCUUCCCAGACGGCCAGGCGGCCGAGAACCACAAACUGCUGGAAGGUGACGAGAUUUUGUCUGUAAAUGGUGAGCUCGUUAGCGGCCUCUCUCACGCAGAAGCGAUCGGUCUGUUCAAGAAAGUGAAGAGCGGAGAGAUAUGCUUGAGAAUCACGCGCAGAGGACCAAGAACUUCAAUUUAAGAAAAAGGGUUCGACAAUUUUGCAAUGCGCAAAUAAAUAUAAAAAAUAGCCGGAAAAACAUUUUAGGGUUUCCGCAUUUUUCUAAAUUAAUUUUUUUUUAAUCUCGAAUCAAUUACUUAACAUAAUUAAUGUUCAAUUACAUUUGUGUAUAUAAUUUGCUGCAUUUCCAAAUACAAAAUGCGGUUUUUGCGAACCCUGGUAACAAAAGCAAUGUUGUCCAGCAACUAUGACGCCAAAUGUUAACACCAACCGGUGCAUCAGGACUUAUGGCCAACGCACUUAAUGCGGAAAUUCUCACAAAUCAGAUAAUCUAGUCAUCAACGGUCACAAUUCCGACCACCAGCUCAACAAAAUUAAUUUGUAGAAUUUUGUUCUCCUAUCAAUGUCUCUUUAAAGUGCAAUAUUUAAUAUUUAAGUUCUUGACAUUAUGUAUAUAUAUGAUUAAUUAGAAUAAAGAAUCAAACAUGACGAUUA